AAUAUUCAUGUUAUUAAAAUAUGGUGGCUGCCAAUGUUUUGGUGAUAUUGCUGGCAGUCGUUCGCUGUCUACAUCUCUCUGAUGGGUCCUCGCACUGGGUUGUCACUGAAAAUGGAAGAAUUCAGGCUCAGUUGGACACUGUGUUUAAUAUGCGACGACCUUAUGACCUUGUAGCAUUCAUGAAACAAGAAGACAGGGGAGAGACAAUACUUCAGCUUAAAAGAGAGUUAUUGCAAAGGAAAGAAGAAAUAGAUAAAAAUGAAGAUAGGGAUACAGGUCUUGAACAAAGAUUUUACAAAACUGAUAUAGACUGUGUAGCUGCAGGGAAACCAUUGCCAGAAUUUGAUUUGUACAUCAGUACAGUCCUUCCAUUGGAAAAUAAAGGAAUUAGACCAGAAGAACAUAUAGAUUUGAGUAUAACACCAAGGGAUAAUUUACACCAACCAGAUUGUAGACUGUUCUCAGAACUGGAAUACAGUUUUCAUGCCUUUGAACACCUUGAGGGUAUGAAAGACAGAGAGACAUUGCAAGGAACUCCUGAACUUGGACUGAAAAAUGCUAUUACAUACCAAGACAGUGUUGAUGAAUAUGGUCACAGAAUAUAUGAGGCUUUGCAAAAGAAUCGAACAUCUUGGAUAUUAUACAAUAUGGCAGCCUUUUACUGGAGAAUUAAAGGAGAUCCAUAUCACGCUAUAGAAUGUGUCAGGAGAGCUUUACAUUUUUCACCAAGGCAUCAGAAAGAUGUUGCAUUGAUUAGUUUAGCCAACAUUCUCCACAGAGCAAGAUAUUCCAAUGAGGCUGCAGUUGUUGUACAUGCUGCCCUAGAUGUCUCAAAAGAAUUGAAUGUCAAUCAUUUUACACUGGGAAAUAUUUAUGCUGUAUUAGCAGAAUACAAUAAAUCCAUUAUAUGUUUUGAGAACACCCUGAGGAUACAACCAGAUUUUGAUGCUGCAGCUAAAAGAAAACAUGCUGUUUUGUGUCAUGCCAAGUUAGAGGAAGCUUUAGAGGCUCAACACAGGUCUUUACAGCAAACAUUGAAUGAUUUGAAAGAAUACCAGAGAAAACAUGAUAUAUUCCAGAGUCAGACAGAGAAACUGAUUUCUGAACAAGUUACUAACGAUGCCAAACUGGACCAACAUAUCUCUUAUGAGAACAUGAAGCUGAGGGAAUCGGCAGUGGAGAUAGGAGAAUACUGUCGGAUGGUUGAUAGAGAUGGUAAACAGGUUCUGAUGUGUACAUGGGGGAAGAAAGAUACUUCCACGGUAGAAUUAGAUUUUGCCCCUUUCUUUGACGAUUCCAAAAAAGAGGAAAAAAAUCAGACAGCAGAUUUACCUGCAUCAGAGAAAAAGAAAGUAGACUAUUCUAAACCUAUCAGGGAACCAUUUUACACUAAGGAGAAAAUGAUCGAGAAACCAAAGUUCCAGUUUGGUGAUCCUGAUGCUGAGAAUGAAUGGCCGUCCAGAGAGGAAUGUGAUACUUAUGUACAGAAAGUCCCGGAUCCAAGAAAUCUUAGCACUGUAUAUUUAUCACCAGAAAAUAAAGGAUUUGAGGUAAAUGCACUUUUAUCUGAGGCACAAAAUAUUCCUCCAGGGGAGGAGCACCCACUGCCAUGGUAUCCACCUGUAUGUGUGCCUUUAUUGGAGAUUCCUGAGGGAUCAGUCACUACUUAUGAUCACAUCCCAGCUGUCAGCAGAGAACAAAGAGUUAAAAUGCCACUAAAAUUGUUUGACAAGUUCCAAAAAAAGAGGUUAAUUAACCAUGUUCCUGACAGAAUUUUAACAGCAGAGGAAGUUGGACAGAGAUUACUGACUGCAUUGAAAGAGAAAAUUGGACCAGAAUGGAUCCUUUACAAUGUUGCUGGAUUGUAUUGGCGUGUUAUAGGUAACAACUACCAUGGAAUAGAGUGUUUUAGACGCUCAUUGUAUUUUGUACAGCCACAGUACAAAGAUGUGCCUCUUGUCAACCUGGCCAACAUUCUAUACAUGUGGGGAAAGUUUGAAGAUGGUGUUAAAAUCAUGAAAGAUGCUUUGGCAAUUAAUGAUCUGGAGCCGGAUUCUCACUUUUUGUAUGGAAAUUUGUUAUGGGUCACAAAGAACUACACAGGUGCUGUAAAACAUUACGAGAAGACAAUUGAUAUAGAGCCUGAGCACCAGGAGGCUUUCAAUGCUCUCAGAGCUAUCAAAUGUUACCUGAAAUAUCAUCAUUCUGCCCAGAGUGCUGCCCCUGCUGAGAUGUCACAACCCAACCUGCCAAACUGUCCUCAAAGAGCUCAGAAUAAAAACCAGGAAACAGAAAGUCGAGUUAUCUGUAAAAAUGAGAAUGGUGAAGAAAAAUGUGUUAUUGAAACUCGCAGCCGUAGCAAGUCUGACUGUAAUGGCCAUUGUACACAAACUUGUACAGUUACACCGAUCAAACUAGACAGCUGUACAGGAGACAUAACCAUUGAUCAACCGUCAGUUUCAGAUACCCAAUGUUCACAGAAAGGACCAAAUCAACCAUACCCUAAUUCAGAAGAGCCUGUCUUUUCAGCAGAUUUCAGCAGUAAACUUGAUGAAGUCAGUGAUCACUAUAUGAAGCAAGGUCUUUGUGAAGGAGAGGAAUGUAGUCAGUUGAGAGUCCAGUGUUUAAUUCCAAUGAAGACCCAUACUGGUUUGGUAGCACACAUAGUUACUCCUCCCAAACUUUUCAUUCGCCCGGUCUCGCUGCACACAUCACAGUGCAUGCAGCAAGGAAACCAAAGACCACACAUCAAGUUGGAAUUCGUUGAUGGAGUUCUACAUCAGAAGUUCAUCUUCAUGCAGUCCAAGGACGAGGUCAAUGUUGAUUUUGAUGUUUGUGUCAUUUUUAAUGACGGAACAAAAACUCCUGGAUGUGAUAAACCUGAAUUCAAAACUUAUUUAGAAGAAUUUGAUAAGCACAAAGAAGGACUUGAGAAUUUAGAAUCUGCUCUGCUGCAACAUUUGAAUAGUAAAUGUGCUUCUAAAAAAGCAAAAGAAAAAGAUGAAAAGAAAUCUGCAAAGUCUCCUGAAGGUCCUGAAGUUAAUAAAGAAACUAAACGUCGACAGAGUAGAUCUAAAAACCCACAGGAACCAAAUAUUCAUGAUGGGAAAGAAGUUAAAAUGGAACCAGUGGAACAGUUACCAGAUUCAGAACUUCCAGAUACAAGCUAUCAGAUUGGACAAAGAUAUCAUAUGGCCACACCCACUACUAUGGAUUGUAACAACCUACCAAACAUAAAGUUUAGUGAGUUUACCAGUACUUUCCUGUCAGUCACAGCUAAGCAAGUGGAUUUAAGGAAGCAUAUAGAUUUUGAAACAGUUAUCAGACGAUACUAUGAGGAGCCUGUCUGUAUGACGGAAUUCUCUAGCAGUCUAGAAUUAGAUAACUUACCUGGAAUGAUUAACAGAGACAAUCUUCAAUACCAGCCUGAGUCAGGACUGAGAGAGGUUUUACAGAAACUUGGAGGGGAACCAGCACAACGUGUUGAAGUGAUUGGAACCAGGAUUGCAAACGCUUUGAAAAAGAAUAUGACAUCUUGGAUCUUAACAAAUGUAGCAGCCCUGUACUGGAGAGUGGAAGGUGAUGCCAAGAAAGCCAUUGAUUGUUUACGUCUGUCUUUAACAACAGCACCCAGAAGUAAAAGGGACACAGCGUUAAUCAGUAUUGCCAAUAUUUUUCAUCGAGCUGGUUAUAUCAACGAUGCUAUUUUUACCACUAAUUUAGCUCUAGAUACUGCCAAUAAAGUGGCUGUGAGCCACUUCACGAUGGCUAAUCUAUAUGCUGUAAAGGCUCAAUGGGAUAAAGCAACCAUGUUUUAUGAAUCAACAUUGGGAUUACAGUCAACAUUUGAACCUGCAAAGCAGAGGCUUAAAGCCAUCAAAUGUAAAAUUGUGAUGCAGAAACCUGUUGCUAUGCCUACAGACUAAUUUUAUUUUGCUAUAUACUCAUCUUUAAGCUUAUUGUGAUAUUUUUAAACAUGACAAUUGCGAAAUAUUGAUAUGGCCGAUGUUGUGGCCAUGUUAGGGUAAAUACCUGCCAUCUUUGAUGUCUUUCAUGAAUUUACCUUUUUUCUCUAAAAAGAAAUAUCUUUUUACACUUUAUUGACAUAUAACAGAGAAAAAUGGGGUCAUAAUUGGAAAUUCCAUAAAAAUCCAGUAGUCCUUUAUUGCUGUAUUCAGAAAUUCUGCUCACCAGACUGUAAGCUAGAUUUGGAAAAUUGCUAACAAACUUUUGGGUGGGAUAUAUUAUAUUAUUACCUUUAAAAAAUUGUAUUAGGCUACCAAUCACUGCCAUCGAAAAUGUCUGCCACCAAAAUCAUAGUUUAUCAAUACCAACUACCUGGAGCCUCUCCUUCCAGUAAUUGCAAGAUCGAUGCAAACAUUUUUUUUUCCCUUUGUGUAGAAUAUCACCUGUCUCCAUUCUAUACUGAUUUUGAAACAAAUAUUUCUUUUGAUUUAUUUUUUUUUAUUUGGCUAAUGCAGUUCCAGAGAUAAAAUAUAUAUUUUUUUAAAUCACAGAGAAUGAAAGUUGUAAGAAAUGACAUUGAAAAAACAACAUAUCUGAAAGAAAAGAUAGUAAUUUAAGUUUUGUAAUUUAGAUUUGGUUUUGGUUUUAAAAAUAGUUUUUAUUUCUCAAAUUUAUCACGAAGGAUAUUAUAGAACACAUCUUCAUAAUCAGUAUAACUAGCACCAAUUUUGAAUUGUUAUUUGCCGCUCACUUUUAUAUACAUAUAUAUUGCACUUAAUGUCUUAUCAAUAAUGAAAAAAGUUCAGUAUUGUCUAUAAGUUCAUAGAUUUGUUGAAACAAAAGAGAUGUAUGCAAGGAAUGUGUGUAUGUGUCAACUCUCCAUAUAUCAGAGGGAAAAAUUAAUUGUUUUUUUCUUAACUGGAAAUAUCAUUCAAAAGACCAGUCCCUUGACAGGAAGUACAAAAUGUUCUCAGAAGACCAGUCUCUUAAGAGGAAGUACAAAAUGUUCUCAAAAGACCAGUCUCUUAACAGGAAGUAUAAAAUGUUCUCAGAAGACCAGUCUCUUAACAGGAAGUACAAAAUGUUCUCAGAAGACCAGUCUCUUAACAGGAGGUACAAAAUGUUCUCAGAAGACCAGUCUCUUAACAGGAAGUACACAAUGUUCUCAGAAGACCAGUCUCUUAACAAGCAAGAACAAUUUUUAGUUUUGGAAAACAAAACUUAAUUUUCUUGAUCUCUCUUUCAGUUCUAAUUCACUGUAAGCACUUAUAAAGUAGAAAAGAUAGGAUAUGGGGGUAUUUGACUGUUUUUUAACAUUCGACAAAUCAUUGUUUUGGUAUUUUGUUUAGAUGCCCUAGUUCCCUUAAAUACAGGAUCCUUUAGCAUAGUUAUUUUUUGACAAUUUAGUUUAUGUGAUUGUUGCCAAGAUGAAUAUGUGACAAUGAGUUGUUUAACUGCUGAUAAAUAUGUAAGAAAGAAAAGUAUAUAGUAAUAUCUAAAAAAAUAUUCUGCAGCUUAUUUCUUACUAAAAGGUUUCCUUAAGAUGGAGACUAAAGUUGAUACAAAUGAAUGUGUGAAUGAUUAAUGUUGCAUUGAAAUAGUGUAAAAAAUGUGAAUUUGUUUGUUUUGGAUCAGGGUUAAUUAAAGAACACACAUAUUAAAGAUUUAGCAUUUGCAUUGUUCCCAGAAUUAGUGCUUUGUUUAGAAUGUGUUCAGAAAGAAACAUAUAUUAUUUUUUGUCUGAUGGCAAGAGGGUGAAAGGAGAAUUCAGGAGAAUUAUGUUAUUAAUAGAUUUUUUUCAGGAUAAUUGAAAUCAAUGUUAUGAGAUUAUUCAUAAUCAGAGAAUUCCAUACCAUCCCUUAUUUAUUUUUUUUUAAUUUUGUAUAAUUGUCUGUUUUAUUAAAGAAUAUGAAAUUCCU